AUGACCCGGAAGCCCCAGCGUGAAGGCAGCCCGACACAGGCUCUCUCCCAGCCUCGCCUCUGCGCCUCUCCCCAGCCCUCGCAGUCUGCAGUCCACACCAGGCUCUGUGGCUACCCUCCUUUUUAUGAUGAAAAUGACUCCAAGCUCUUUGAACAGAUCCUGAAGGCAGAAUAUGAGUUUGACUCUUCCUACUGGGAUGACAUCUCUGACUCUGCCAAAGACUUCAUUCGGAAUCUGAUGGAAAAAGACCCAAAUAAAAGAUACACCUGUGAGCAGGCGACGCGGCACCCAUGGAUCGCUGGUGACACAGCCCUCAACAAAAACAUCCAUGAGUCCGUCAGCUCCCAGAUCCGGAAGAACUUCACCAAAAGCAAAUGGAGACAAGCGUUUAAUGCCACAGCUCUCAUGAGACAUAUGAGAGAACUACAUCUUGGCAGCAGCCUGGACAGUUCCAAUGCAAGUGUCUCCAGCAACCUCAGUCGGGCCAGCCGAAAAGAUUGUGCAUCUGGCACCUUCCACGCUGUGUAGUUUCAUGUCCUCUUCGUCAGGGGUCUCAGGAGUCGGAGCUGAGCGGAGACCCAGGCCCACCACUGUGACGACAGUGCACACGGGAAGCAAGUGACUGGCUCUGGAGGUGGGGGCCCCGGGGCGGGGCCGGGGAAGGGGAGCCCCAGGGUCGCCGGUGCCGCGAGCCCCUCCAGCGAGCCCCCCAUCUUGCAUGGUGCACCUCCUUGCAUCGGACCGGAAGACAGAAGUUUUUUUUUAUGGCCAUAUUUUAUACUGCGAUUCUGAAGUGUUCAUUUCUCACAAACUGUACUGACUCACGGGGAGCCGACCUAACAGGACCUGGUGCUGUACAUACGCGUCUGGCCAAGCUGUGUCUGAACGGGCCUCUCAUCCCUCUGCCCCGGCGCCACCGUGUCCACUCUCCUCGGCUUAGGUAACCGUCUAUGGUGUAUUUUUUCAUUCAUGACAAAAAAAAAAUGGUUUCAACUGGAUUAUUUAAACAUUGGUAAAUAUUGUGCAUUAGGGUUUUUUUUUCCUUCUAAGAAAUAUGUCCUUUUGACUGUAUCUCUCAGUUACAUGAUCUAUAUCUUUUGCUCUUUAAUAGUGGUUUUAUGUUAACCUAUA